GGACCCUGUGGGUACUGAAGGCCAGCUCACCCAUGCCUAGUUCCUGUAAUGGACGAACUGGAUGCUAAUGUGAGUUCCAAGGAGGGUUUCAGGUCAGUGGAGAAGGUCUUGCUGCUCACGUUUCUCUCGGUGGUUAUCCUGAUGGCCAUCUUGGGGAACCUUCUGGUGAUGGUGGCCGUGUGCAGGGACCGGCAGCUCAGGAAAAUAAAAACCAACUAUUUCAUUGUCUCUCUUGCCUUUGCGGAUCUGCUGGUUUCCGUGCUGGUGAUGCCCUUCGGUGCCAUCGAGCUGGUUCAGGACAUCUGGAUUUACGGGGAGAUGUUCUGCCUGGUCCGGACAUCCCUGGACGUCCUGCUCACCACGGCAUCUAUUUUGCACCUGUGCUGCAUUUCUCUGGACAGGUAUUAUGCCAUCUGCUGCCAGCCUUUGGUCUAUAGGAACAAGAUGACCCCUCUGCGCAUCGCACUAAUGCUGGGAGGCUGCUGGGUCAUCCCCAUGUUCAUCUCUUUUCUUCCCAUAAUGCAAGGCUGGAACAACAUUGGCAUCAUUGAUUUGAUAGAAAAGCGGAAGUUCCACCAGAGCUCUAACGCCACGUACUGCAUCUUCAUGGUCAACAAGCCCUACGCCAUCACCUGCUCCGUGGUGGCCUUCUACAUCCCGUUUGUCCUCAUGGUGCUGGCUUAUUACCGCAUCUACGUCACAGCCAGGGAACACGCCCACCAGAUCCAGAUGCUGCAGCGGGCAGGCGCCCCCGCGGAGGCCAGGCCCCAGCCGGCAGACCACCACAGCACCCACCGCAUGAGGACCGAGACCAAAGCAGCCAAGACCCUGUGCAUCAUCAUGGGCUGCUUCUGCCUCUGCUGGGCCCCCUUCUUUGUCACCAAUGUUGUGGAUCCCUUCAUAGACUACACGGUGCCCGGGCAGGUGUGGACUGCCUUCCUCUGGCUUGGCUAUAUCAACUCUGGAUUGAACCCCUUUCUCUACGCCUUCUUGAACAAGUCCUUUCGACGUGCCUUUCUCAUCACUCUGUGCUGUGAUGAUGAGCGUUACCGAAGACCUUCCAUUCUGGGCCAGACUGUCCCCUGCUCGACCACAACCAUUAAUGGGUCCACACACGUGCUAAGGUACACAGUUCUGCACAGUGGACGUCACCAGGAACUCGAGAAACUGCCCAUAAACAAUGACCCAGAGUCCCUGGAAUCGUGCUUCUGAUCGAGGACGUGGCUCACAGCCUGGCUGUUCAUUCAUCGUGUCUGCAUGAACGGGACACCCCAGCACCCCCCGACCCUCAUCACCACCCGUGAGGCACAAGGCAGUGGGGCCGAGGGCCCGGGGAAGGUCUUGGAGGACCCGAUGGACAGGCCCGAGGCCAGAGGGUGGAGGAUCACAGAGUUGAGGAGGGACCUCAAGCAGCGUCAGAUCCAGCCCCACCCAAUGCAGGAGAGGCGUCCUUCACAUCACCCCUGAAAGCCGCUCAGUCUCUGCUUGCACACCCCCAGGGACAGGAGCUCACUCCCUCCCGACGCAGCUCCUCCUGCCACCGGGACGCUCUGAUUGAAGGAAGUUCUUUCCUUUGUUGGCCCGAGAGUCUGUCACUGCUCCGCUGGGGCCGUGCAUUUGGCUGCUUCUUCCUCCUAAGAACCCUUAGCUGUUAGAAGGCAGUGAUCCGCUGCCCACUCGCCCUUUUAAUUCUUCCUCCUACACUCAGAGGCUCCAGUUUCCUCUCCAUUCCGGCCAUCUGCUUCUGGACGUGCUUUGGUGGAUGAAUUAAUCGAGGCUCUUUUAACGAAAUUAGGUUGGUAGCAAUGCCAAGAGUUCCGUCUAGAAGCACUGAAGUCCUGAGAAGAGAAGCAUCAAUAUAUUUUGGUUUAUAGACAUGAACAUUUUUCUUGACAUAUUUUUUUGGGCAUAGACUCUGGGAACUCUGCUUAGGAUUUGGUUUCAGGUCCCUUACCAAAGAGCAUCUUUAAAGCUGGUCUGGUGUGUGCAUCUGUUUAAAGGUAACAUUCCCUCGUUGGCACGCUGGCUCUGAGGUCGUUUGGAAUGAAUCUUACUGGAUUCACUCCCCCC